UGGAAGAAGAUAAGGUGGUGCAGCAGCUGGUGCUCUUCCUCUUUCAAUUUCCUUUUCAUUGGUUAAGGUUUGCAUUUGAUAUGUUUAUGUGGGUGUUAAAAAGCACUUUGUGAUUAAUUUGCAUGAGAGCUAGCAGCUGAAACAAGUAACAUUAUCUAGGGGCCAAGUUCUCAAUUCUUGGUUAAGUACAAUGGUCCUAAUCAUCAUCCUAACUUUUAGCAAUUGAAUUAUUAAUGGUUUCAAAAAAAAAAAGAAAAAAAGAAUAUCUCCAAUAACCAUGGUCACAUGUUUAGCCUUUACACAUAAGCAAAGGGCUGAGUUUAUGUUCUUGAAAAGACCUAAAUCAUAUGCAUUUGCUUUAGUUCUUUUCUAAUUAAAUUAAUUUCAAUUAAUCACCAGGUCCUCUUAAAAAAAACCGAGGAGACGACCAAGUAAAAAAGGUUUUGACUACAUUUUAACUAUUAUUAUUUUUUAAAGCUGGGUUUUUUUUUUAAAUUUUGAUCUUUUAUUAUUUUUUUAUUUUUUAUCAAAGAAAAACUUCAUUAGAUUAACUUCAACGGUACAAUAAUCGAAGACAUCAACAAGGUGAUAAUUACCCAAAAAAGAAAAAAAUGGAUUAAACGGAGGUCAAUUAUGAUUUCCAUGAACUAAAUCAGCAUGGUUUCCAAAUGUUCCUUUUCAUAACCAGAAUAAAAACUUUGGACAAAACAGUAACUUCAUGAAUCAUAAGACCUGUUCCCAAUUGAUUCCAUGUUUACCAAAAAAAAUUACAGAAACAAUCCCAUUAAUCCACCUUCCAAGACAAAAGAAAAAGAAAAAGAAAAAGAAAAACUCCAACUCUCAACAAAAAAAAAGAAGGAAAAAGGUAAUUUUGUCUGGACAAUAUAUAUUUCAUCCACCACCAGUCCAAUUGAGCAAAGAGACUUCUCUGUUUUAUCUUAUUUUUCACCAAUUUUUUUAUUUUAAAAUAGCUAAUUAAUUUUAAAAGCUUUUGUCACGCGUGAAAUAUAAACCGUUGAAGCCUAGUUUCUCCGAGAGGCUCGGAACUAGGUUCGGUGUAGCUUUUUCCCUUCAAUAUUAGACAGACAGAGCGACAGAGAGAAGGGAAACAAAGCUAAAACAGAGAGAGAGAGAGACCCCAGAAAGCUGAGAAACAGAGAGAAAGUGAGGGAAAGGACGAGAAAAUCAUCCAACCCCAAUCUUCUCUCUCUCUCCAUUUUUGAAAAUUCUUUUUUUAUUUUCUUUUAUUUUCUUUUAUUUUCUCAAAUAGGACCUAAUAUCUUCACAACCAAGUCUCCCCUUUUCUAAUUUCAGUCUCUCCCUCAGAGAAUUCAAUCAAACUUUCAUAACUUCACCUGAAAAAGAAAGAAAUAAUCAAACUUUUCUAAAUUCCCAUUACAGUUUUGGCUUCUGAAUUGUGUUUUUAGAUAUCUUGGGCCUUUUGGAUUAAUGGGUAGGAAUUGAAUUUUGGAUUUGAGUUGGUUUCAAAGGCCGGACAUUUUGUUUUUCUGAGUUUUAUUGGCGGUAAUGGCAACAGAGCAAGUAUUGCCCUUCUCUAUAGUUUCUGUGGUUGAAGACGUUCUUCAACAGCAUGGGAGUCGUUUGAGCGAUAUUGACUUGGCUUCCAGGAAGGCUGAGGAAGCUUCCUUGAGAAGGUAUGAAGCAGCAAGGUGGCUGAGAAAGACGGUCGGAGUUGUGGGGGGUAAAGAUUUGCCAGCUGAGCCUUCUGAAGAAGAUUUCAGGCUUGGAUUGCGAAGUGGGAUAAUCCUUUGUAAUGUUCUUAACAAGGUUCAACCCGGAGCUGUGCCGAAGGUAGUUGAAGGACCUUCCGACUCCGUUCUUAUUCCUGAUGGGGCAGCUCUAUCGGCGUAUCAGUACUUCGAAAAUGUCAGAAACUUCCUUGUUGCUGUGGAGGAAAUGGGGCUUCCAACCUUUGAAGCCUCUGACUUGGAACAGGGAGGAAAAUCUGCAAGGAUUGUGAACUGUGUUCUAGCACUGAAAUCAUAUAAUGACUGGAAACAAGGAGGUGGAAUUGGAUCAUGGAAAUUUGGUACAAAUUUCAAAUCACCUACCUCUGGAAAAUACUUUUUCCGAAAAAAUUCAGAACCCUUUGCGAAUUCCGUUACAAGGACCUCAUCACUGGGAGAAAAGUCCCUAGAUAGUUUGUCCAGUGAAGAUAUCAAUGAAGCAAGUUCCUCUCAUGCCUUACACAUGCUAGUCCGUGAAGUGCUUUUCGACAGGAGACAAGAAGAAAUUCCACUCAUUGUGGAAUCUAUGCUGAGUAAAGUCAUGGAGGAGUUUGAGCAUCGGCUAGCAAGCCAAAAUUCACUCAUAAAAACAGCUUCCAGAGAUAUGACAUUGUCUGGCCCUGAAAGAUCUCUUUCUGAAUGUUCUGCUGACAUGAAGGUAGAUGACCAUGAAGAGAAAGUCGCGGCUGAUAUCAAAGAGGAAGAAAUAUCUGACCAUGAAGAGGGAUCAAAAACUGAGUCUUUUAAGCAGAAAAUGCUGGUUGACCAACAGCAGAAAGAUAUUCAGGAAUUGAAACAUACUCUAUAUGAUACAAAAGCAGGAAUGCGGUUUCUACAGAUGAAGUACCAGGAGGAGUUCAACAGCCUAGGUAAGCACCUGCACGGCUUGGCUCAUGCAGCAACAGGAUACCAGAAGGUUCUUGAAGAAAAUCGCAAGUUAUACAAUCAAGUCCAGGAUUUGAAAGGAAAUAUAAGGGUAUACUGCCGAGUGCGGCCCUUCUUGCCUGGGCAAUCAAAUCGUGCGAGUACUUAUGAUCACAUUGAUGACACAAGUAUUAAGAUUAUCACCCCUUCAAAAUAUGGCAAAGAGGGACGGAAAUCUUUCAGUUUCAACAAAGUGUUUGGUCCUUUUUCAACCCAAGAGGAGGUAUUUACAGAUACGCAGCCUCUGAUUCGGUCUGUUCUUGAUGGUUACAAUGUCUGUAUAUUUGCUUAUGGCCAAACAGGAUCAGGAAAAACUUUCACAAUGACUGGACCGAGAGACAUUACAGAGGAAAGUCAAGGUGUAAAUUAUAGAGCACUUAGUGAUCUAUUUCUUCUAUCAGAACAGAGAAAGGACACCAUUAGCUAUGGAAUUUCUGUUCAGAUGCUUGAAAUUUACAAUGAGCAAGUUCGGGAUCUCCUGUCGAUGGAUGCCACCAACAAAAGAUUAGAAAUUCGUAACAGUUCUCAAAAUGGAAUUAAUGUACCAGAUGCAAACCUUGUUCCUGUAUCAUCAACAUCUGAUGUUAUAUAUUUGAUGAACCUCGGGCAUAAGAAUCGUUCGGUGAGUGCCACAGCCAUGAAUGACAGGAGUAGUCGAUCACACAGCUGCUUGACAGUUCAUGUUCACGGGAAGGACCUGACAUCUGGAAGUAUUCUCCGUGGUUGUAUGCAUCUAGUUGACUUGGCAGGAAGUGAAAGAGUUGACAAAUCUGAGGUGACAGGAGAUAGAUUAAAGGAGGCACAACAUAUUAACAAGUCUCUCUCAGCUUUAGGAGAUGUCAUUGCCUCUCUUGCUCAAAAGAAUUCACAUGUUCCUUAUAGAAAUAGUAAACUCACACAACUGCUCCAAGACUCACUUGGAGGGCAAGCGAAGACGCUCAUGUUUGUUCACAUUAGCCCCGAGCUUGAAGCUCUCGGAGAAACACUUAGUACACUCAAAUUUGCGGAACGUGUUUCCACAGUUGAGCUUGGUGCCGCUCGAGUAAACAAAGACAGUGCAGAUGUAAAAGAGCUCAAAGAACAGAUUGCUACUCUUAAGGCAGCCUUAGCAAGGAAGGAAGGACAGGGAGUGCAGCUUCAACAUUCUCAUUCCUUAAGCCCAGAAAGAUUUAGAGUCAAGUCUGCUGGGUCUUCCCCUUUGCAUUCUAGUCAGAAAAGCACUGGAGAUUGGUCUGGUGGUCGCAGGCAACAAUUGGAGGAUUUUGGAAAUGUAGAGGUUCGGAAAAACACUGCAUCAAAGCCAAAAAGGCGAAGUUUAGAUCUCCACGAUAUGCUAAGGAGCUCACCUCCCUGGCCACCGAUUGGCAGUCCUGGAUUGAGUGGAAAGGAGGAUGAUAAGGACUCAGUACUUUCUGGUGAUUGGAUUGAUAAGGUGAUGGUGAACAAGCAGGAAAAUGCAAGCGGAGAAGAAAAUCUAUUAGGAAUAGGAUGUUGGGAUGUGGACAACAGACAGUUGCCAGAGAUGUUUGGUCCAAGCAGCCUCCCAGACCCUCCAAAGUUAUACAUGGAAAACCAAAACUUUAGAAAAUUAAUGGCAAACAAAGAGGAGAGCCAAGACUAUGAAGUACAAAGGAGUCGAUAUGAGGCAGCCACCACGGAUGACUCUGAUGAGCUUGAGGCUGCAACUAGUGAUUGCUCGGAGCCAGACAUGCUUUGGCAACUUAAUCCCCUGAAAGCGACCGGCAUUCCGAACGGAUUGGGAGCAAAACCAAAGAAACCUUCUCCCAGGCCAGUAAGGAGCCCGGAAACUAGGAGUUUAAUUCCAUCAUUGAUUCCUUCGCCAUCACGGAAGCCACCAAAUGGGGUUAAUCAGCCUCUGCAUAGAACUGGAAGGCAGGCAGGUCCUGGUGAAGGGAAGCGAAGAUCUGGGAAUGCUAAGUGAUCGAUGAUGAGUUUACUUUUAUGGUGUGUUGAGGGAAGUUUGGUUGCUCUAUGAUGAAUUCUUUUUCAUUUUUUAUUUUUUGGUGUCAGUUUUUGUGUAUUCAUAUCUAGAGAGAGAGAGAGAGAGAGAGAGAGAGAGAGAGAGAGAGAGAGAGAGAGAGAGAGAGGUUUCUAUGCAUAUGAGAGGUGGCAACAAUUGCAGUUGCCUGAGUUUCUGCGGUGGUGGUCAUAUAUGUAUGUUGUCGCGCCCCAUUCAUCUCAAUUUGUUUAUAUGAGUGUUGAUAUUGCAAUCAAAGAACAACAAUUCUUUUUUUC